UGGGGGGGGUGGACUCCUUGACAGGGGAACGUGAGGCUCUUUCCCUUCCGACUUCUCUCUGGCGCUUCCUCGGCGCGCGGCUUCGACUUGGGCUAAGUGGUGCGAAGAGGGGGCGGGGCACCUCCUCCCUUCUGCUCCUACUGGAUGCGUCCACUUCGUGUUUGGCUGGAAUUCAGGGGUCCGAAGUGUCAGCUUUAGGCCUGGUGAAGCGUGGUGACCCCAUGGCCCCUCUCGGAGGAGCCCCGCGACUGGUGCUGCUGUUUAGCGGGAAGAGAAAAUCCGGGAAGGACUUCGUGACCGAGGCGCUGCAGAGCAGACUUGGAGGUAACAUCUGUGCGGUCCUGCGGCUCUCUGGUCCUCUCAAGGAGCAGUAUGCUCGGGAGCAUGGCUUGGACUUCCAGCGACUCCUGGAUGCCAGCACCUACAAGGAAGCCUAUCGAAGGGACAUGAUCUGCUGGGGAGAGGAGAAGCGCCAGGCCGACCCAGGCUUCUUCUGCCGGAAAGUUGUGGAAGGCGUGUCCCAGCCUAUCUGGCUGGUGAGUGACACACGGAGGGUGUCUGACAUCCAGUGGUUUCGGGAGGUCUAUGGGACCGUGACACAAACAGUCCGAGUCGUAGCGUCGGAGCAGAGCCGGCAGCAGCGGGGCUGGGUGUUCACACCGGGUAAGCUGCAGAUGGCGCUCAGCCUGAGGCUCAGCACUCAGCUCCGCCACCCAAGGCAGGGGUGGAUGAUGCCGAGUCAGAGUGUGGCCUGGACAACUUCGGGAGCUUUGACUGGGUCAUUGAGAACCAUGGAGAUGAGCAGAACCUGGAAGACCAGCUGGAGAACCUGCUGGGGUUUAUUCGUGCCAAACUUUAGUGAUCGAUCCAGUGUCAGGGGUGGGCAGAGACUGCUGCAUUGCGGCGAGCCCUGGCUCUGCCAGAUGUGGGUCCCCAGUCUUGGCUGAGGCCACAGAGCAGACAGUCUGAGGAACAGGAGGACGCUCAUGGGCAGCGGACACGUUUGGAAACCUCUGGUGUACUGCCUUCGCUGGAGAGGUUGCCCUGCCUCAGUUUUGCUGCAGGCAGGAACAUUACCGUGCCCAUGGGUGGCCAGCCAUGCUGAGCUGGAUGUUUCGCUUCCCUGUGCGUAUGCUCUCGGCUCUGGAAUCCUAAUAAACCUCCUUGGAACACA